AUGAAGGAAGCUGUGAAGAAGGCAAUUCUGCCAAAAGCCUGUCCUUUGAAAAAUUACAAUCGAAAUUUCAGACACUGUGUAUAUGACCUAGCCUUCAAGCCAGAUGGUUCAGAGCUUCUUGUGGCGGCAGAUAAUAAAGUUAUCAUCUAUGAUGGUAUCGAUGGGACACUCCUACAGGUAUUGAAAGGUAAGGGCUGCCGUUCAGGACAUAAGGAUCUCGUAUUUGCUGUGGCGUGGUCACAUGAUGGUGAAACAUUCGCAUCAGGAAGUCUUGACCGUUCAGUGAUUCUAUGGACGGGACAGCAUGAAGGCACCCUUAAGUACAGCCAUUCCGACGCAAUCCAGUGUCUAGCUUUCUCACCAGUUACUUCGCUGCUGCUCAGUUGUGCCAUUGGUGAUUUCGGUUUGUGGUCAGUUGAUGAGAAAAACGUGCAGAAACAGCGAAUCAGUGGACGUUGUGCUUCAUGCGCAUGGUCACACGAUGGCAGUCUAUUCGCUAUUGGAACACAUGACGGAUUCGUGCACAUUAAAAGAGCCGACAAUUUUCAAAGUGACGAAUAUGUGGCAAAAAUCGAACGACCGGGUGGUGAACCAGUUUGGGCAUUACGUUUCUGUGCACCACGACAGCAAGACGAGCUAGUGCGACGUUUUGGAGAGUCGGAAGUUACUUCCGAAGUACUUGUGGUAACGGAUUGGAGUCGUCGUGUGGGUUUCUACGAUUUAGAUGGAAAUUCGAUCAAACGGGAUGAUAUGGUACUCAGCUAUGAUCCGACCUGCGUCGAAUUCAUCCCCAGUGGGCAGUUUCUCCUGAUCGGAGGCUCUGGGCGGCAAGUUACCCUGCAUACAAGGCUCGGCACAGAGAUCGGUACCGUAGCCCAGAUGGAUACAUGGGUAUGGUGUGUACGUGUUAGACCGAAUUCCAAUCCAAGUACGGUAGUGGUCGGAUGUGUAGAUGGAACGAUUGCGUGUUAUAACCUCAUGUUCAGUACCAUUCAUGGCUUACAUAAAGAGCGAUACGCGUUCAGGGACAAUAUGACCGAUGUUGUNAUUUACGGUCAUAAGUUGGCGGUGCAGCUCACAGAUCGCCUUCAUAUCUAUCGCCAAAUCAAAGGCGACGGUGAGAACGAACAGCUCGAGUAUACAUUAAGUGAACGUAUCAACAAGGCUUUCGACUGUUCAUUACUUGCUCUAUUUUUCUUUCAUGUGGUGUGUUCAAACCAUCUCAUUCUGUGCGAUGAACGUCGCCUUCAAUGCUAUGACCACAAGGGCCUGAAGCAGAGAGAGUGGUCCUUGGAAUCUGCUAUACGGUACAUCAAAGUCAUCGGCGGGCCUCCUGGUCGAGAAACUAUCCUCAUCGGUCUUCGCGAAGGCCAGGUCUGUAAGCUGUUCGUUGACAACCCUUUCCCAGUGCAAAUACUCAAACUUAAUGGCCCAAUCAAAUGCAUAGAUAUAAGUGCGACGAGGAAAACGUUUUACUUCAGGCAACACAUUGCCGUUGUGGACGACAGCGGCCUCUGCGUGGUUUUCAACGCCAAAACGAAAGAAGUCCUAUUCGAGGAACCUAAUUGUAACAGCGUGGCAUUCAAUAGCGACAACGAGGAGAUUAUUUGUUAUUCGGGUAGCUCCAAAUUGACGGUUCGAGCAAGAGGAUAUCCCGGUCAUCAGCAGAGAAUGUUUGGAUUCGUUGUUGGGUUUUCUGGAAACAAAGUCUACUGCUUACAUAUCUACGCUAUGCAAGCUCUUGAAGUGCCGUUUUCAAACCAGCUCUAUCAAUACAUUGAAAAUAAGGAGUAUCAGAAAGCGUACGAUCUGGCUUGCCUUGGUGUGACUCGAGAGGAUUGGCAAAUUCUUGCCAUGGAUGCCAUUUCGAAUAUGAACUGUGAAAUUGCUCUCAAAGCAUUUGCUCGUUACAAGGAUUACCGAUCAAUACAGCUUGUUCAUGAAAUCAAGGUCAGUCCGGAUUAUUUUCAAGCCAAGUCUUUGCAGGCGAUGUUGGCUGCCAAUGAGCCUGAGUACAUCCUUCGAGCUCACGUCCUUUGUUAUGAAGGAAAAUUCCGUGAAGCUGCAGCUCUUUAUCGUUCUAAUGGUGACGAAAACCGUGCCAUGCAGUUGUUCACUGAUUUACGUAUGUUCGAGGAUGCUCAGGAAGUGAUGGCCAGUGCUUCUGGCGAGACCCAGCGUAUGCUGAUGCGUAAACGAGCAGAUUGGGCUCGCGAUUCCAACCAACCAAAAAUUGCCGCCGAAAUGCUGAUCUCCAGUGGCGAUCUGGACAAGGCUGUCAUCCUCAUCACGGACAACGAUUGGAUGGACCUGGCGAUAAAUGUGAUGCGUAAGCUUGAAAGAAGCGAUGUUGACAGUCUAAGACCUUAUCACAAAGCGGGUCAUGAUCAAGAAGCAUUACGGGUAUUGGAGCAACUCACUGGUAAUGCUGUCGAUGAGAACCGCUUCGCCGAUGCUGGGUAA